AUGACCACCAUCUCGCCCUCGGCAGCAGCGCCCCCCUCGCUUCGUCCCUCGACAUCGAUGAGCGGGUACAGCCACACGGACACGUUCCGGUCUGCACGUCAAUCCAUCGAUGCCCGCUCCUGGACCGACGAUGACGCGACGAGCGCGAUAUCAGACGCCACCGUUCCCACGCCACGCCCCGCGCCCCCGCUCGGUCACGGCCAGGAAGACGAGGUCUCGUCUGCCUCUCGGCGCCGGGAUGGCGCUCCACGUCCACCCAACCGCACUCAGGACGUCGAAAUGUCGCACCUCGGCGGCGACACCACUCUCGGCGCUUCACCCGUCAUGAGCGAACGGGAUGCGAAAGAUCCUUCUCCCUCUCCCUCGUCCAAGGAACACGGAGACGAACACCAUCCUCCGGCCUCGAGCGCCUCGGCCGAUCCCGACCUCUCCCGCACCCCGCCCCCGCUCCAAGAGGAGCUGGUACCUGCUCCAGCACCGCCACCGCCGCAACGGGAGCCGCUGCGCUUCCGCAUCGCGCGGCACGCCGGCAUCCUCUCGCUGCUCGCGUUUGCGUCCAUCUGGGGCACGCUGGCGCGCGAGGGCCUCGUGGCGCUCAACACCUACGACGGCCAGAGCAUCGCACCCCUCAUCUGGGCCCAGUCGGUCGGUUGUCUGGUCAUGGGCUGGUCCAUCGGCAACCGCAAGGCGCUUGAAGCAUGGUCGCCCUCGAUCUACCUCAUGGUCACCACGGGCUUCUGCGGCAGCGUGACGACGUUUUCCUCGUGGAUCCUCGAGGUGUUCCGCGCGUUUGGCGACCAGCGCCACUUUGCACGGGGAGGGCUGCACAACGUCAUGGACGCCCUCACCCAGACGGGCGCCACCCUCGGCAUGUCGCUCAUCUCGCUCUACGCGGGCAAGCGCCUGGCCAACCUGCUCGACGUGUCGCUCCUGGCGAGGUGGCACGCCGCCCGCCGGGGUCGCAGCGCGGCGCUCAGUGGCGAUACGGGCGGCCGCAGCAGUAGCAGCGGGAUCAAGGCCCACGUCACCGACGACGAGGACCACCACCUGGACGCCAAGGGCGAGGAGGCGAAUCGGGAGCUGCGUCUCAACCUCUUCUUCAUCGUCUUCGGACUGGCAUUCUGGAUCGGCGCAGCGCUCCUGUGCGCGCUCAAGGCAUCGUUUGGCAGCGUGACCUUCUCCCUGGUCCUAGCGCCACCGGGCACCUUUCUACGUUGGUACCUCUCGCGUCUCAACCUCGCCUCGAUCUCGACGCGGCGCUCGUUCCCGCUCGGCACGUUUGGCGCCAACAUCCUCGCGACGCUCGUCAUCUCGUCGUCGUUUACCUCUCAACGUUUCGGUCGCGCCGCCGCCGCCGCCGCCGCCGCCGCGGGAGGGGGAGGGUGGGGGAGGGAGGCGUGUUGGGCACUAUACGGACUCGAACACGGUUUCUGCGGGUGUCUGAGCACGGUAUCGACUUUGGUCGUCGAACUCGACUCCAUCUCCUCUUCCUCCCCUUCCUCAUCGGGGGGAGGAGGGAGGGGAAGAGGGAUGUGGAAAGCAAUACGCUACCUCUUCAUCAGCUGGGCCGUCGGACUCGUUUCCACCAUCCUCGUCGUCGGUGCACCCUGGUGGUCGGUCGGUCUAGAUGGGAGGUGUAUCGGCGUGACCCUCUGA